AUGGAGCUUGCUAGAGCGAAGAUGAAAAAGCAUGCCGAUUCCAGAGAAGUUGCAAGGCAAGAGGAGAAGAAUUGGGUUGAAUUCCGCAAAUUGCAGGUUCUCUACGACUGUCGGCCGAAGUCACGUGCAGCUUCGCGAAGGAAUGAUGACUCAUUUCCGCGACGACGCCGUGGUGUCUCGAUGGGCUUCGGUGAGCGCAAGGCAUAUUUCCUUGCAAUACGACCAAAUCCUAAAUAUGCGACUUGGUUUGGAAAGAGGAAGAAUUGGCAGGUGAAAGAGAAGAGGGACAAGACACUCAAAAAAGAGCCGGCCACGGAAGUGUUCUGCGUGCCAGUGGGUGUGAAUGAGCGUACUCUGGCAGAUACAGUAUUGGAAGCUGAAGACGAGGAUAACGCGGAAAACGCAGCUGAGAAAAAAGGCAACCACGCUCUCAACCCUCUGAAGCAGGGAAUACCGUUCUGGAUAAUUCCGGAGGAGGAAGAGGAGCUCAAUGAGGAGGAUCUGCCUAUAGACCGGGAACUUAUUGAAAAGGUACUCGAUGGCACGUUCAAUAUCGUGUCAAAUUCGCUGGCGAGGAACAAAUUUGAUCCCUACUCAGAAGUAACAUCUUAUAAGAAACUGGAUAAAUUCUUCACCAGGUAG